AUGAUUACUCUCACAAAAACAGCACAUUCAGUAUCCGUUUUCACCGAACAUUGUCGAAGUAGUGUGACUGACGAAUCGUUUUUAUCCGGCAUGGCGCCAAUAUCAAACAUCACACUUCAAUCAAACAACCAAUCACGAUCAGAGAACUUAUCAAGAUCAAACUUGUCAAAUUCUUUACACAAUCAUAAUCUUUGCUCAGUCGGUUCAUCUGUCGCUGACGUUUCCGGUGUUAAUCCAGCGCCACCAUCCCCAAGUUUAACUAUGCCCGUAUCUGAUUCUCCGACUAUAAAGAAAAAAUUAUCAGGGUCAUCACUAAAUGGUUCAUAUGAGGAUGAUUCAUAUUCGUCAUUAAUUGAUAUUUCAUCAAUACAUGGAAGAAAGGCUUCUUUGUCUUUAAAUCUUUUCAAACCCUCCUUAGCUGAAUAUAGUAUACCGAUUCCUCCAUUUAACGUCGAAGAUAAUACUCCGAUUGUAUCGCCAAUUUCUUCAAAUUCUUCUCAUCCGGAGACAUCUUCACAAUCAUCAUCGUCAAUUGUAACGGAUUAUUUUAGUUCUGCACACAAAUCAUCAGAUAGAAAGAAUGAAAUCAAUAGUUUUUUCAAUGAUCCUUCUUCUCCACCCUCAGUUAGAUUGAUGCCAUUUGCUAAUCAGGUUGGAGGUCACACAUCUUUUUUUAGGUUUUCUAAAAAGGCUGUUUGUAAACCUCUAGUGCACAGAGAACACCAAUUUUAUGAGAUUUUAGAGAAAUUGCAUCCAGAUCUUUUACCCUUUGUACCUCGAUAUCUCGGAGUCCUUAAUGUCACUUAUCGAUCUCAGAAUGGUGAAUUAGGAUCAAUGCCCGAAGUAGUUUUCAAACAAAAUAAACAUUUACUACCAGAAUGGAUGCUUAAUAAAGUGAAUUCAUUGGAUGAUGAUGAUGAUCAUUGUUCAGAUAAGGAGAACGAAGAUAAUGGCAUUUCUUCUGGUUUGAGUUCUAAAGGCUUAUACUCGUCAACAACAAAGGUUAACAAACAAUUAAAGGAAGAAGUACUUAGUGAGGUGUUUUCCCCGAAAGCAUUACGAGCUCGUAUGCGUCAAGUAAGAUCUUUAGAGAAAGAAUCCUCUAUGAAGAGGAGGCAUUCAAUGAUAAACAUUGCUGCCCUAAAAAAAUCCGAUUCUAACAAUAAUUCGGAAAUGUCGAGGAGUUUAACGGAACUUGGUCAUAUCAACAAGAAUAAUCCGAAAAAAUCUCGUUCCACCUCAUUGAGAGAAAAUUUGUUGUGUAAAAGUUCAAUAGUUUCUCCAAUAUUCGAUGAUCUGGAUGACGUAUCCUCUAUUGAAUCUUCAGAAAAUUGUGGAAUGCACAACUAUUAUAAAGAAUCGACCUCAGUGAGGAAAGAAAAUCAAUCAAUUCCUUGCCAAAAUUUGAAAGUUCAACCUUCUUUGUCUCCAAAGAUAACACCCCAAACACUCUCAGAAUCUCCAACAAUCUUUAAAAUGGAAAUGUUUGAACGUGCAUCAUCACUAGACACUUCUACAAAUCUUCACCGUCGACCCUCAAAGAUGCAAAAAACAAACAAUCCUUGGUCGUUGCAUUGUUAUUCCACUCAACUUUCCAAAUUACAAAAAUCUAAUGAUGAUUUGGAUAAAGUUCAACAAUUCGUCUUACUUGAAGAUCUCACGGCAGGAUUAAAGUAUCCUUGCGUUUUAGACCUCAAAAUGGGUACUCGCCAACAUGGAAUUGAUGCUUCACCAGAGAAACGUAAGAGUCAAAUGAAGAAAUGUGCAAAGACCACAAGUAAAACGUUGGGAGUAAGAAUUUGUGGUAUGCAAGUAUACAAGACUACCACACAUAGCUUUAAAUUCCAGGAUAAAUAUUAUGGUCGAUUUCUGAACCCAGAUACUUUUCAUAAUACUUUAAAGGAUUUUAUCCAUAAUGGGAGCAAAUUAUUGGUUCAUCAAAUUCCUGUCAUUCUUCGCAAACUCCGAAAGUUGGCUAAAAUUAUAAAGAAUCUUGAUAACUACCGAUUUUAUGCAAGUAGUUUAUUAUUGCUGUAUGACGCUGAUGAGAAUAAUCCACGUGACAUAGACAUUAGGAUAAUAGACUUUGCUCACUGUACCACGGGCAAUGAUUAUCUUCCCAGUGAAUGUAGGUAUCCACCAAAUGAAGGUCUUGAUAAGGGAUAUUUACUAGGGUUAAAAAAUUUAUGUAGAUCAUUUGAAACCAUAUAUAAAGACUGUUGUGGAAUAAUGCCCGAUGUUGGUGAAAAAGAAGAUGAUGUAUUCUCUGACAUUUGUUCUUAUGACACACUGGCGUUGCCUGAAAAGACAUCUCAAAAAAAUCCCGAGUUUUCUGAAUGA